AAUUGUUUAAGCAUAUAUUCGCCAUGACUGAAGAAUAUAUUGAAGUAUCUUCGUUUUCAUAUGAAGAAGAAGAAGAAGCCAUUCUAUGUAACAAAACGGACAUCCUGAUGCUUGGAAAAACCUUCCUGCCUAAGUUGUAUGGCCUGGUGUUCACCAUUGGGCUGAUAGGAAAUUUCCUAGUAGUGCUUACCAUUCUGAAAGCCAGGAACCAAAAGAGCAUCACUGAUAUAUUUUUUUUGAAUCUGGCCAUCUCCGACCUUCUUUUUGUGAUUUCUCUUCCUUUUUGGGCUUUUUAUAUUAUACAUGAUUGGACACUUGGGAACCUUACAUGCCAAAUAGUUUCUUCUUUCUAUUCUGUGGGCCUCUUUGGUGGCAUGUUUUUCAUCACCAUCAUAAGCAUUGACAGAUACCUAGCUAUUGUUUGGGCAACAUGUGUUAUGAAAUCCAGGACAAUCACCUAUGGAUAUCUUACUAGUAUAUUAAUAUGGGCCCUAGCGAUUUUCUUUGCAAGCCCCCACUUUAUAUUCAUCCAAAAGUCAGACAAAAAAUGUACUUCAUUGUAUCCAGAACAUCUUAAAAUAAUAUGGCCUGUUUUCAGCUACUUGGAAAAAAACGUCAUUGGAUUUCUUCUCCCAAUGUGCAUCAUAAGCUACUGCUAUCUGCAGAUCAUCAGAACAUUGCUGUCUUGCAAAAACCAGUGCAAACAAAAAGCUAUGAAAGUGAUUUCACUUGUCGUAAUUGUAUUUUUUCUCUUCUGGACUCCAUAUCACCUUUCACUUUUUCUGCAGGUGCUACAGUACUUUGAAGUCUUCAAAGACUGCAGUUCCUUAAGGUUUUUGGAUUACACAAUACAAGUGUCUGAGUCAGUAGCUUUUAGCCAUUGCUGUCUUAAUCCAAUCAUCUAUGUUUUUGCUGGUGAAAAAUUCAGAAAGCACCUUUCCCACUUGGUUCUCAGAUGCAUUUCAUUCACAUGUGCCUGUGGGUCUUGUGGCAAAUAUUGCAGUGGAGUGCCUACUGCUAUUCCAGAUUGUGUUAUGACCAGCAAUCAUACCCAGAAUACCAGCGACCAAGAUGUAUCUCUCCUUAUUUGAUUGUUAAUAGUUAAAUAGUAUUGAAUAUUGAGACAUAUUGAAUAUUGAACUAUUUUACCCAAGCUAUCCAUAGACUUCACUUUCUCAGUACUGAAACUUUUGUGUACCAUAGUUAUAGGAUUAUGUUUCAAGUAUUUUCCUUAUAUAUUUAUAAAGUAAGAUU